AUGCCUCCCCGGUGCCAACUACUCUCUGGGCGCAUUUCGACCCAGGGAUUGGUCCUUCGCCCGGCGCAGUCUACACACCGAACCUACGCGACGUCGGAGCCCACUCCCGCAGUGAAGAACCCACUACAGCGACGACGAGGCGGUGAUCUCGGCUCCCAUCUUCCCAAGAACGUCAUCCCGAAAGACGCAUACAUCCCCGCAUACCCCUAUGGCGACCAUCAGCUGUUCAAGCAAGCCAACAAAGGUCUCUACGGCGAGCAGAUGAUUCGCUUCGGCAACAAUGUUUCCAAAGACACCGAAACCAAGACACGACGAAAUUGGAAGCCCAACGUGCUCUCCAAGAGCCUGUACUCGGUCGCAUUGAAGAAGAGGAUAAAGUUGCGCAUCACUGCCAAGGUUCUCAAAACAAUGGAUCGUGAGGGGGGGCUGGACGAAUAUCUGCUCAAGGACAAUGUGGCACGUAUCAAAGAGCUUGGACCUAUGGGAUGGGCACUGCGAUGGACUUUGAUGCAGAAGCCGGAAGUCAUCGAGCGGUUACGAGCAGACGCUGCUGCUCUAGGCCUAGAUCAAGCCACAAUUGACAAGCAAUGGCCUACACCUCAAAUGAUGGCACAGCAAAAGGCUGCUCAGGGUACAUUGAUUCGAGAUGUGAACUCCGGCUUUGUAGAGACAGAAGGGCAGGAGAUGUGGUCUGGAGAGGAGGCCGAAGAUCCAGCAAUGCGAUCGGAACAAGAGAAGAAACUGGAGUCCUACGCCGCCACCGAAUACAUCAAAGCGACCAAGGCAGCAGAACGAUACUUGAGCCGAGGUGUUGUCGACAGCGUAGAGGAGGGCCUCAAGCUAGCUUUCAUACGAGCCAAAGAGCGCGAAGAGGCAGCCGCUCUCCUCAAGCAAAAGUUCAACAGGAAAUACCAAGAAGCAGGCUUCACAAAGGAGGACCUACAGGAAAUUAGGACGAAGUUCAACCUACCCAACAUCAAAGACCACACUGCCAGGAAGAUCGCCUACAACCAACGGAAACGCAAAAUGAUCGACGAAGCUGGUGGCAUCGAAGCUUGGAACGCAGCCAAAGCCGCCGCACACGUUGCCCGUGUACAAGAGGCUGGCGGUGAAGAAGCUUUCCUCGCUCAAAGAAAAGCUGAAUACGCCGCACUUAUAGCAGAAGCCGAGACUGCUUCUACCAACCAGGAUAUGGAUGCCGAACGACGGAGUUAUCUUGAGAUGGCUAUCGAGAAGGCGGAUCGGGCUAUCAAGGCUAAAGCUGGGAGUGGUCAAGACGACUACGUUGAGUCGAUUGUGGAAGAAUUCCGCAAGCAAAGUCCUGGAGGUCUGAGUGAGAUUUACCACGCUUCGCAAUCGGAGAGGAAUGCUGGUGGUGACGCUUGGGGCGCGCUUGUUAAUUCGAGUAAGAAGCCUGCGGAUAGCCAGCCAAGAGUAUAG